AUGAAACAACUCCAAACUACGCCAAGAUUCAAAGAGAUCUUCGAAAGAUUCACUGUCUACGGCAACCACGUUGUCCGGUACUCUUGUCAUGAUCGGUCUGGCACCUGGACUGACAUCUGUAUUGAGCAGAAACUGAUGAAGGCGGCAAAGUCGGAAGGUGGGUUGAGCAGAGGGAGAAUGAGGAAUAGUGAUUCUGGUCACAAGUGCUGGGUGCAAACUCUCAACCACUUCUCUGAUGUGAACCAGCGCAUGGAGGAAAGUGUCAAGAAACAUGGUCCACUCCACAAAGACCUCACCAAAACGCGGAUGAAGCGGGAUGCUGAAGCGAUUGGACUUGUUCUCAAAUGGUUCGAAGAGAACAACCCCUUCGACCACGAUCGGGACAAUAAGUUGCUUGUGUCGUUUUCAACUGGAUUUACAAGCAAAGAAGGUGACGCAGUCAACGCUGAAAGAGCGGUUGAAGUAGGGAGGGAGAUGCAGAUAAAGCUGAACGGACAGUCAGUAACAUCGACCAUGGAGUUGAAAUUCAAGGUACAGGCCUUGUCACCACUCAGAAAGCUUCCUAAGUUAAAUGAGAAGAAGAUUCACCUAAACUCACACAAGUUGUUCAACCGACUGAUAAUUAUUGCCCAACGGGAUAUGACAGUUGAGACAAGGUCAGAGUAUGAGCUGACUCCCUUCCCUUUGUCCUUGUUCAGCAACCAAGAUCAGAGAAUGAACAAGGUGAAUAAGGCAGGCUUUUCCAAGACUAGCCUGAAGGAGUUGAUUGAUCCAGUUGACCUCACAGACCACGUUUGCUCCAAAAAAAUUUCGGUCAGUGUAUCAUUUUAGGGUCAAAAAUUUUUUCCGGACAGACCAAUUUUUUCCGAACAUACCAAAUUUUUCCGAAACCUAGCAAAAUUUUUCGAAACAUCACAAAAUUUACCAGAAAAUUUACAGAAUUGGUCCCAUGAUUACAAUUGGUUUUCAGGUCCUUUAUCUCAAUUUUUUAUACAUUACAUUGCCUCCCAGCCCCCCCCCCCCAGCUACGGGCCUGAGUGUCUCGGCAGUCGUUCUCAGAGAUCACUGUGAUCUUCGAUGGCUAUAACAGCUCGCCAAAAGUGACGACCACACCCGACGCACCAAGAAUUCGUGCUGUGAUCUACAGAUUCGACCGGAUAUGAUACAUUUGACACCGAGGGCAAAAUUCAUGGACAACCUUCAUAACAAGAGUAAGCUCAUCCAUCUACUCUCUUCAACAUUCCGGAACCAUCAGAUCAUCGUGGGGGAGUGUAACAAUGAUGCGGACACUUCCAUUGUCAGAGGGGCAUUGGCUGCUGCUAAAGAUGACUCCGUUGAGGUUUGUACAGUUUCGUGUAUGUCAUUUAAAGAACUCGUUGAUCCUAUAAAAUUCAAGUACUGCACAGUUCAAUACACGCCUGUUGUGUCUUUUAAUCUUCUUUUUCUAUUUCAGGUGCGGGCAGAAAACGCGGACGUGCUGAUAAUGUUGUUGCACCAUAGCUCAAGCACCAAAUAUCCACUUUAUUUAACUACAUCGAACGGCUCUUACGAUGUCAAAAAGAUCCAAGAAGCUCUCUCUGAAAAACAGAGACGCUAUCUACUCUUUUGUCACGCAUUUACUGGUUGUGAUACGGUAUCUGCAAUCGCGAGCCACGGGAAAACGACUCUAUUUCACAUGUUCUGUGCGGGUGACAUUGAUGAACACAUGGACAUCUUUCUUGACGUACAGGCUAAAAAGGAUGCGGUGAUCGAGGCCGGUAUUGCAAUUUUCCAGUACAUCUACCACGCGCCAUGCACUAAUUUGGGGGCAAUUCGAUACGACAUGUUCUCGCGGAAGGCGGCGGCUGGGCUGAUCAAACCAGAGGCUCUUCCUCCAACAAGGGGUGCAGCUGCACAGCAUUCUCUUCGUGCAUAUCUCCAAAUCCAGGACUGGAUGUUGCUGAAGAGCAUGUCCCUAGACCCCAGUGACUAUGGAUGGACGCUAGGUGUUCAUGGUUAUGAGCCGGUUCCAACACUAGACCCCAUGGCCCCAGAUGAGCUUCUCCGGUUCACGAGCUGUAAUUGUAAUGGAGAUUGCAGCAACCGGCGUUGCAGUUGCAAAAAGAAUGGUGUCAAGUGUAUCUCAGCAUGCGGAAAUUGUAAAGGCAUUACAUGCCAGAAUUGCAUCCAUGAUGAUGUAGAGCCUGAAAAAAACUCAGACUUGAGGCAUUGGAUAUAUGUAGUAUAG